AUGGCGGAGGAGCAGCCCAACCCCAGCCCCCAGCCGCAGCAAGCGGAGGAGAGGGAGGUUGUUGUGGAGCAGCAGCCGAGGAGGGCCCCGAAGCUGAGGUACCUGGACUUCGUCCAGGUGGCGGCGGCGCAGGCCGCGGUGUACCUCGCGGGGCUCUACGGCCUCGCCAAGGACCACGCCGGCCCGCUCCGCCCCGGCGUCGACGCCGUCGAGUCCACCGUCAAGGGCGUCGUCGGCCCCGUCUACGCCUCGCUUCGGCGGCCUGCCCCUCGACGUCCUCGCCUUUGUCGACCGCAAGGGGCCGUGUGCGGUGGUGACUUCGUCGUCGUUAUCCUUGUGCGGGGAAUCCGCCCAUGCCUAGUGCCUGUUCUGUGCCAGAUUCCGCCCAUGCUUAGAUUCCGGCGCAUGUUAGCUGCGCCCGGCGGAGACCCCGAUGCCAUUGUCGACAACAGAAUUAUCAAGGUCGACGACACGGUGCACGAGGUGGACAAGCACCUCCCUGGCGCGCUCAAGGCUGCGUCGGCGCGUGCGUACGCGGUGGCGCGGGGCGUGCCGGAGGUGGCGCGCGAGCUUGCGGCGGAGGCGCAGCAGUCGGGCGUGAAGGGCGCGGCCCGCGCGGCGCUCGCCAGGGCGGAGCCCGUGGCCCGGGACGUGUACGGCCGCGUGGAGCCCGUGGCGAGAGACCUGUACGUGCGGUACGAGCCCGCGGCGGAGCACCUGGCCGUCUCCGCCUGGCGCUCGCUCAACGGCCUGCCGGUGUUCCCGCACGUCGCGCAGAUCGUCGUGCCCACCGCCGCGCACUGGGCCGACAAGUACAACAGGGCGGUCGCCGCCGCAGCGGAGCGGGGCUACACGGGGGCCAAGUACCUCCCGGCCAUCCCCACCGAGCGCAUCGCCAAGGUGUUCUCGUCGCCCGAGGCCGAGCCGCUGGCCGAGUCCCAGUAG